GAAAAAAUAUCUUCAUAUCGCGAGCUCGGAACAACGAAAAGAAGAAAGGGAAAUCACGCCGCCUUCAUCCUCUCAAGCUGCCCUAGCUUCUCUCUCUGUUUCGCGGCACAAGCACCAGACGCUCGCUUCGAUCCAUCUCUCUCUCUCUCUCUCUCUCUCUCUCUCUCUUCACGACAAUGGCGAGCAAGACCAUUAUAAACCUGAACGAGAAGAUCCCCCAAGAAGAAGAGGUGGACAACCCCGUCGAAACCCUAGAUUCUGCUGACCCGCCACCGAACGCCCAAUCUGACCAGCCGGCCAACGGUGCCGAUCUUCCUCCGUCGUCCGGCCCUGGUGCCGUCGUGGAUGGGCCCGCCAAGGAGGAGGAGGACGGUGAAGUGAAGGUUGCCGUCGAUCCCGUGGAUUCCCAGGCGGGGAAGAGUAGCGAGCCGGCCGACGAUGUCCAGAAGAAGAUCCGCCGAGCGGAGAGGUUCGGUGUGCAGGUGCAGCUCUCCGAGCAAGAGAAGCGUAACUCUCGUGCUGAAAGGUUUGGCACUGGAUCUGGUCAUAUCAAAUCUGAAGAACCGACUAAGUCAGAGGAGUUAAAGAGAAAGGCUAGGGCAGAGAGGUUUGGUGUGCUUGUAACACCUGCUGAUGCUGAUGAGGAGGCCAAAAAGAAAGCCCGGCUUGCCAGGUUCACAUCAGGCUCGAAAGUUGAUCCCGAGGAGGAAGAAAAAAGGAAAGCAAGGGCGAUCAGGUUUUCAAAUCCUCCAUUGGGGUCCCUGUCACAGGUGAAUGGCAAGGAAGCGAUUGCCGGCAAGGCCAGCGAGGGGUCUUGAAGAGCAAACUUCUAUACAUUUCUUUCUUUUUAUUUUUAUUUUCCUUUGCAUAGUGUAGAGUCGUCUAACUUACUCUUAUCUACCAGCAAUCUAUGAAGCCGUGCUUGUUUCUGAUGCAUGAAUGUUCAGAUCCAAAUUCAUGCUUAGUUGAGUAGUUGCAACAGGACAUUGAGCAGGAUUUUAGAGCAGGAGAAUCUUCGGCUGCAUUGGUCUUUAAUUCACCUUGUGGGGCCUCAAUGAUGAAACCUCCCUCCAUGUGUUAACCAAUCUUAAUCUUAUCAAGACUAUCGGAAAUUCCUAUGCAGCCUCAGUUUUUAAUGGUGAUCAGCAUUCUGUGUUGGCAUGUGUGUUUUGUGUGGACAUGAAUUUUUUUUACUUUUGAUUGAAUUGGAUGAUAUUUCAUCAUAGAUAAUUUGGAUAGAGUAUUCCUUAGUGGGGUGUCUUGUGGCCUUUGUUGAUGUAGUAGAUUGAUAUGCUAUUUGCGGAUGAAGUAGAUUGACAGACUAGAAGAAACCUGUGCUCAGAAAUCCAGUCAGUUUUUUAAUCUUAGUCUGGCGGUGAAGGGGUUGAUGGCAAUAGCCGUUAGCCGUCAAUUCAGACGCGUGCUUCAUUGCUUGUGGCCACAUUUUUAUUUCUCCUUGUUUUGGCUGUUAAGUAUCUUGAAAUGCUGUAGUUUAUUAAGAUGUGAUGUGUGCAUUUUAUUCUAGAAUGUGUAAUUUUGAAACAAACUCUCAGUCUAGUGCGGACUAAAAUUCCCCGUAUGAGGAUAGAGCAUGUUUUUGAGUGGGUAUUGGGUUCUGUAUUCCAUGUUGGUACAUCAUGGGGGUGUUUUGCUGCUUCAUAUCAUGCAGUUCAUGGAAUGAAUCCUCAUGAGAAUUGAUAGAUUCUACCAAUGCCAAAUAAUCUAGGCUGCAUCACAAAAAGGUGUAAAGCAUUUCAUGGUGGUUGAGAGUCAUCAUCAGUCUCUCUUGAUAGUGAGACACAUUGCAGAUUGAGAGAAUGAAUUGAAGGUGGAUGUUUUUUGCAAAUCUCAAACAGGAUAUCUUAAAAAAUGUGGACUGUUUGGCAUAAAUGAUGCAAAGAAAUGGAAUCUUUCAUUCAUGGCUGUGAAAUUGGAAUUUCUGAUACUCUCAUCUGUUUCUUCGAGAAAAGUUAGCACAUGGAGGAGGUUUCUUGAUUUCUGCGGGUCUUCACUUGGUGGAUUGCAGUCGGUGAGUUAGGAUUGUCCAUUUGACUGGGGAUAAUUUGGCAUGUAAUGAUGUUUUCAGUUAUGAAACUUAUCUGUAGCGGUGAACUAAGAUGAUAGGUAUUGUAAUUUUACUGUGAUAUUCGUUUUGUAUUGGAGUAAAUUGUUGGAUAUUA